AGGGCCUUUCCUCUUUUUCCAACUUUUGCUUUCUCUUCCCUCCCAUUUCUCUCUCUCUUUUUGAUCUCUGACCUAAUUUGUGUUUCUGAUCAAUAUCAACACCACUACCGCCAUCACCAUCGCCACCAAAUUCAUCUCUAAAUCUUGAAAAGAUCCUUCUAGGUCUAGUGGGUCUUCCUCAUCAUCUAGAUCGAUCCAUAUCUUUGUGCCACGGUGCGCCAUAGCUAGGACUCAUUAACACAAGCACACACAUACACAAGAAGUUUUGCAGACUUAGAUUUGGAAGCAGGUAGAAGAUCAGAAGGAAGAGGUUGGGAGAAUUUUGAGAAGCUAGCUAGCUGUGAAUUGAACGAGCAACAAUGACUCCAGCUAAUUUGGCAGGGCAGUUUGGCGAUACCACUUACACCAAGGUGUUUGUUGGAGGAUUGGCUUGGGAGACGCAGAAGGAGACCAUGAAGAAAUAUUUUGAGCAGUUUGGUGAGAUCUUGGAGGCUGUUGUCAUCACUGACAAGGCCACUGGAAGAUCCAAAGGCUAUGGAUUUGUAACUUUUCGAGAAGCCGAAGCCGCCAUGAGAGCUUGUGUUGAUGCUGCUCCUGUGAUAGAUGGCAGGAGGGCUAAUUGCAAUCUUGCUUCUUUGGGUGUUCAGAGAUCCAAACCUUCCACACCAAAGAACGGAGGAGCAGGCAGGAACUUUAGGGUAAUGGGCUCCUUUCAGACGGGGUUCGGAGGGGGAGUGGGAACAGCUUUUCCUUCAGCAGCAUCCUUCCCUCAUUAUGCCAUCCAACAAGGAGUACCUUACAAUCUUUACGGGUACUCUCCGUACUCGCCAGAUUACAGUUACCCUACGAGCUACUAUAGCGUGUAUGGAGGUACAUCAGCCCAAUUUCCCAUGUAUGGAACGGGGCCAGGGGGGAUGAUGACCGGUGCGGCGGCGGCGGCGUCGUUCUACCCAUAUCUCCAGUUUGGGGAAGGGAGUGGUACCGGAACAGCCACCGGAUAUAGUUCUGGGCAGGGUUACGGUGUCAAUUACCCACACCAGCUGUUUCAGUAUCCGGCCAUCAACUCAACCGGAGGGUACCCGCAGCACUAUGGUGCACCCAUGUCUCUUGCACCCACGCCUGCCUUGCAAUCAGUGUGUUUUGCUGUGCCUCAGGCGUGACCGUGGCUCUUCAUGCACCAAUUCCCCAUCGCUAGAGAUUCAUCUCUCUCAAUCUAGCUAGCUACAUCAAGCUUCUCAGCUGCUUCUUGAAGUCUCUAUUCAAAGUACCUUUGGCCCUAACCAUGGUUCUCUCUGUCUCUCUCUCUCUCUCACUCUCUGUGUCUAACACGAGCCCAUUCUUGUCAUUUUGGAUGGGCUUUUGCACACAUCUCUAUGGCCCCCAAUAGGGGCCAAGAAAUCACCUCCAGAAAUAUUGGAGGGUCAUGCAUUUUUCCCCCUUUGCAUCUUUUUGAAAGAAGGGUUCCUUGAAAGAGAACCAAAGCAUGUGUGUAACACACCAACUCAAAGCUAUUGGGAUUAGCUAAAAGUUGGGAAAUAGUUUUUCGAUUCUUGGCCAUGCAUGGAAAGGCCAAGCAAAAAAGAAACUACCUUUGUAACUUCAGCCCAGGAAAGGCUAAGCAACAAAAAAAAAAAAAAAACACAUGGUUUGCAAAAAAAUUGUACAUUGAACAGCUCAUGAUCAUGAUACAGCGAGCCCCUCACUCUUGGAAAUUAAGUUUUGGAAUGGUUAAUCCCUCCAACAAUUCAGCUAAUCACCUCUAGAUGAAUUAGAGGGAGUUUUAGCAAAAUCAGGGGCAUGGAAAAUGCCCCCAACUUUUUUGUCUGUUAACAUGUAGUCUUAGGAUUUUAGGGCUAGGACCAGUCAUGUCUUUAAAAAUGUUUUUAAUUACCAACUGCACUUCAACUUUCACAUGGUGCAUUUAAUUAACCAACCAUCUUCCCUUAGGGUAAGGGGAGGCAAUCACUAAUUACUCUUGUUUUUUUUUUUUAAAUUUUGUAAAUUCAUUUUGUGGCUAAACAUGGCAGUUUUGGCCCACAUUUGACUAAACUUUAGGAGGGAUAGUGUUUGUUUUUGAAAAAAAAACAUGCAUUUUUAGAUUUUAAUAUAGUUCAUCAUCCUUUUGAGACUCCAUCAUGGAUGUGGAGCUCAAAGCAUCUGCAUGUGACCCAAAGGGAGAUAUUUUGGUUCCCUUGGGUUCUUCUCCACUAACCCUGCACCAACCAUGGUUAGGACUUAGGUCAACCUCGUCACUCUCUCCCUCCCUCUUUCAUCAUCAUCAUCACCACCAUCCUCUCUCUCUCUCUCUCUCUCUCCCUCUCUCUCUCUCUCUCUCUCUCUCUCUCUCUCUCUCUCUCUCUCUCUCUACGACUUUUACUUGGAGAUGGAACUUGAUACUCUUUAAUUAAUUAUAUGUAUAAGCUCCUAUGGAUUGGAUUGUAAUUAGAGAUGCUACUUAGGACAACUAAGACUCAUUCUCCAUCCACGCAUGCAGCUGGUUGAGAAUGGGUGUGAUGCUUAAUUCUACUAUGCUUUUAAUUUGAGACUGUUAUGCUUACUUCUACCA